CUGAAACACUUGAAAACGACGUCAGAUCACAGACGUGGGACGAAGCGAGUUGGUUUUGAAAUUUCAAGGUGUACGAGAGGGAUUACAGUUUUACAGAAGAUCCAUUUGCCUCUCCAUCUACUCAGAAAGAGAUCUUUUUCAUGUUUCAAGUCUACCAAGGGUAUGGACUUGUUCAGGAGGUUUUCGUUGCGAAAUGCUGAUGUUGAGAUUGUCAAGAGAACCAUCACAGAAGAACGCCCGAAGACGGGUCUUGGCCUAAACAAGAAUAACAACAAAGAGGAUAUAUUUGGAUUGUUGUAUAAUGGGACUGAAAAGACUAUAGACAUAAAUGAAAGUCUCAAAGAACAAGACGAAGAUGACUUUGUUGUUAUUGAGCUGAUCGAUGAAGAGGAACAGGAACUUGCAGAUAUAGAUACAAAUUCAUGCGAGCAUAUAAAUUCAAACUCAAGCAAGCAGAUCCUUGUCUACCUUGCUAAGAAGAGAAGACUGUUCAUCACGUGUCGCUCACGUGCUGUUACCCAUUCUCCUUUGAUUGAGAAACACUCCACUGGACGCACAGUCCUUUACCUUAGGCCUUAUUACAGGCUUACAGUUUCUCCCACAGAACUUUGGUACAUUAAGCAUCGCAGUGCUAUUUUCAUUCGACCCGCAAUUCGAAAAGGCAAUCAUAAACCGAUCCAUUAUACUGAAAAGGUCGAGUUUGAGGAUGGCAUAGGUGCGGGAAUUCCUUCCAAAAAGCAAGAUUUGUCUGGCUAUCAGCUGGUUUUCUCUAAUGAAAAAACCAAGGAAGUUUCCAAACUUUCUGUAUCUGGAGAUUUCACGAAAUCCUGCGAAGAGCGCCAUUCAGGAGCACAUGAUGUGGGAGCAGCAAGUGGGCCCUUAAAGCGCUCCUACAGCAUCGAGUUUUUGAAUGAAGGUAAAGGUGCUGGUGAUUCACUGUCCACUGAAAAUGUGGCACGAAAGAUCGAGCAGGGUGAAGUUAAAGAAAUAUUUAGUGACUCAAUGGAUUUAAGUUCGCAGUUCUCCCAUAAAAGCAGUGACAGCAUUUGCGAAAGCCCGUCUCUGAAGCGCUCGUACAGCGUCGAGUUCCUUAAUGAAACAGAUGAUGGAGAUAGGCCUUUCUCGUCCGAAGUUGUCCAUUACAAAAUCGAAAAAGGCGAAGGUGUUCUGGUUUAUUCUGACAUUGAAGUACCCACCAACGAUACUGGGAUGUCUGAUAGUCGAUCGAUGGAGCUACAAGAGAAGACGAAUUUGAAGCGCUCAUACAGUAUCGAGUUUUUAGAUGAGGCCAAUGACAGCAAGUCUGCUUUCACUUACGAAACUAUUUCCAACAAGAUUGAAAAGGGUGAAGGUAGAUUGAUUUACGACGAUUCAGGUAUUAGAGAUGAUAUUGAUAUACACCCUGGCAAGAAAACAAAACGGAAGGCAGAUAGGCUGAAGACCCUUGGAAUUCAAAUGGAUAUUAAUGAUGACGGAGGUUUAGUACCAUUGAGCAGACAGUCCAAGGCAUACAGCGUUGAGAUACUUUGUGAAAUGGAGGAUAGAGCUGUGCCUAUCAUUACAGACGAACUUGAGUGCCAGCCUGUUUUCGAUGAUGAAAUCAUUGCAACGGAGGUGAAUGCUGUGGAAGCAGAAGUUGACAUGUUUGCAGAAAACGUCAAUUUUUUCGAAACAGAGUCAGAGAAUGAUCCAAAUGUUGAAAAACGAAGUUUUAACGUGAAAUUUCUCGAUGAAAAGCCUAAUCUUGACUUAGAUCUUGGACUGAAUAAAACAAGCACCCCGUCCAAAAUGCCUUUGCGCAGCCCGAAAAAGUCACCAUUGCAAACAGUUCAUGUUGGCCUUGAAUUCGAGAAAAGAAACAAGUCUGAAAAUGGCGAGGAAGAGUUGCUUGGCAAUGAAGAAGAUGAAUACUUGAUGUAUGACGAUUUCUUGAAGAGAAAGGAGGGCAACAUGAGCCUUAAUGGACACCACCGUAUACCAAGCUUCAAGCUGAAGACAAUAAUUGUUAAUAUGGAUACACACCAUAAACGAAACCGGUCUUCUUUGCAGCACGAUAAAAGAUAUCAAUUAGAGUUCCAGGCUGAACGAGAAAGAAGAAUUUCAAUGCUGAAACAAGCUCGAAAAGCACGGCCUACAAGCUCCUCUUCAUCGUUGAGGACCGUGUCAGUGGAAACAGACAAAGAAGAAGUUAUCCAUGAUGUCGAUGAGUUGAAGCCACCAGAGCUAUUAAAAAAGAAGGCCUACAGUGUCGAAUACCUGAAUGAAUGCGAAGGAGAUAGAUCAGUCUUCUAUGAAGAGUUUGUUGAUGACCAAGAGGAGCCGAAAUGGGUCCUUGAAUGUUGACAUUUUUGUAAUGAAUUAUGUAAUCUUGAAAUUUCUUACUGUAGGUUUUGUCUGCCACAGUGCGUGGUUAUCAAGCUAGCAAUUCGUGCUACAUGUUUUAGAAAAUAAUUGCUUUUUAUUGCUUGUUAAGGAAAUUUGGAAAUUAAGUUAACAUAUUCAAAGCAUACCCAAUGGAAAAAUUAAUCGUUGUCCUGACAGCAACUCAAUUUAUACCCCAGCAGUUCAAUAAAUUUUCAAAUUUGCAUUAAUUUUCUGCUAAAGAUAAAAAACAUUACUUACAAUUUUUCAGUGAAAAAACUAUCAAUCCCUCAAGCUCUGCAAAACUCUUCUUUUUCCGGCAUUUCCCCUGAUACAUCCCCAGGGAUUUGCUAGGCAGUUAUAAAACGUAUUGAACACUUGUUACCGUUGCUCCAAAGCAAUAAAACGCAGAUUCUUUCGUAGAGUAGAGAGUAGAAACAUGCUUUAACAGCAAUAGUAUUUAGGUACAUCGUUUUUUUUAAUAUGAUUGCUUGUAGGUUUAUAUUAAGCUGUAUAUAUAGGAUUUAAGGAGCCCCAAUUUUUAAGAAUAAUGUUUACUAAAGAAAUAUUUUUGUAUCAAUAUUUAAAUUUUUUAUCUAUUUUCGUUCUGUUACAGAGUGGUAUGUUCGUCAUCUCUAAUUUCAGGUUCUUUUUGACAACCUAACUUUAAGGAUGGGGGGUUAUCCCUGCAACCGUAAUGACAUGUCUAUUCUUAAGACAAGAAUUUUUGCCCGUAACUGCUAUUGUUAAAAGAUUGUAUAAUUUUUUAUUCCUAUUUUGUCAAACAUUGAUCCUCCAUAAAUCUAUCCUUACUACAGCACUGCUUCCGCUCCCCCAAGCUGGGGUACUUACACUCUUUUUUUAUAAGAACCAGUAAAUUAAAGUUCAAGCUGACUGUUCUUAAUUUUUUCGAAAAUCUGAGGCUGGAUUGUUCUUCAUUUGUUCUUUAACUAACAGGGUGUAAGCAGUGCAAGUGCUAGCUUUUUCGCUCUAGAGUGGUGUACAGGCCUAAUUUGCCAACAAAGUGAAUGAGACAGCCUUAAUUUGCUGACAAAUUUGAGUAUUGACUGAAAAAGCACCCACACAUCGCCAAAAAUCCUCGAUUUUUAGAAAAAACGUUAUUCAAAAUUGCAUUUUGCAGAAACUCAGCCCCAGCUUGUUCUUAUUUUGUUCUUAACUUUUGAUCAAUUUUGAGGCUCGUGUUCUUAUAAAAUUGUUCUUAUAAAAAAAGAGUGUAAUUUAAAAAUGCUAUGCUAAAUUUGGGGCUCAUAAUCUUGGCCAGUUUUAUCCAGGUUGUGAAAACUUCCGUAAGUGUCGCUUCAGUGCCCAACAUUUUUUUAUGACUAUGAUGUCUUAGCAGCUAUGAUAAUCAUUUUGUUCUAUUAUAAUAACAGAUAGCCAAAAAUUCACUGAGACGCUCACCCUGUGGACAUGCAGAUCUAAUAUAAUCAAUGGAUCAACCCCUGAGUUUUUUUUUCAAGAAUGAGAAAAGAGGACUUUAAGUAUAAGAUGCCUGUUUAUGCCCAGCUGUAUUCGAUUUUUAAGACGACAGAAAACUUAAAAGAAACAACUUUAAAUUUUUCUUAUUGGAUUUUAAGACUUCUUAUGGUAACAAAAUUACUGUAUUUCAUAAGAAUGUUAUUUUUUCAAAUAAAAUUUGUUUUUCAGCAGAA